AUUUCCCCGCAAAUUGCAGUCACGUGAGAGACGCGGGUACAUAAGGGGCGAACUCCUAGACGGAGAGGACAUCGUCGACUUGUGGACCUCACGAGACUCCGACUCGACGCCCUCCUCCGCCUCUCCUCUUCGCGACUCAAGUCACCACUCGGCUCACCAUGACCUCCUCGGCGCUGCUGCUGCUUUCCGCUAAACAGACGCGACCCAUGUCGAGGGUCCCCAUCCUCUUUCUGCGGGGUCCGGGCUGCAGGGGUCUCCACAGCGCGACCGGGGGCAGUGGAGCCCCGCUCAGAGAGAAACCUCAGCUCCAGCAGCAGCCGGAGGAACAUUUUCAGCAGCAGCAGCAGCAACGGCGUCCACGGGAGAAGCCCAAGGGCAGCUUCUCGCAGUCGCUGGCGCAGCUCACGGCCGGGCUGGGCCCUGAGCACGCGAGCCCCGUGGCUCGGAGCCGCGCCUCCCGCAUGAUGCUCGACGCUGUCGGCGUGGGGCUCCUGGGCGCCCGCACCGAGGUGGCGCAAAUCGCGCGGAGCCACGGGGAGCGCCUCUCGGCAGGGGGCCCCUGCACGGCGUGGGGGUCCAGCGGGGUCCAACUCUCAGCCUCGGCAGCGGCUUUCGUCAACGGGGUCUCGAUCCACGCGAUGGACUUUGACGACACGUGGCACCCCGCCACGCACCCGUCGGGCUCCCUGCUCCCCGCACUCCUCGCCGCGGCCGAGGCGGCGCCCGCGGGGCAGAAGCCCUCGGGGCUGCAGCUGAUGCUCGCGUUCCUCGUGGGCGUCGAGGUGCAGGGACGCCUGCUGCGCUGCUCGCGCGAGGCCAACGACAUCCCCAAGAGGUUCCACCCCCCCACCGUGGUGGGCACGAUCGGCGCGGCCGCGGGCUGCGCGCGGCUGCUGGGGCUGGACGAGGCGCGGUGCCUCCACGCCCUCGCCAUCGCGGCGUCGUUCGCGGGCGCCCCGCUGGCGAACGCGGCCACCCAGGCCAAGCCGCUGCACGCGGGCCACGCGGCGCGCAUGGGGCUCGAGGCGGCGGCGCUCGCGGCCUCGGGGCUCCACGCCAACGAGGCGAUGUUCGACCUCGCCGAGAGGGGCUUCGGGGCCUUCUACCCCGACUACGAGACCCCGCGCACCCCGCUGGACCCAUGCGGGGGGGCCCCCCUCCUGCUGGAGCAGCAGGACGUCGCCUUCAAGCGCUUCCCCGCGCACCUGGGCACGCACUGGGUGGCGGACGCGGCGUGCGCGCUGCGGGAGCGAAUCGCCUCGGUGUGCGGGGGCCACGUGGACACGGCGCUCAUCGAGAGCCUCGUGCUGCACGUGCCGCGCAGCGCCUACGUGGAUCGCGCCUUCCCCGCGGACGAACACGAGGCGCGUCACUCCUUCCAGUUUGUGGGCUGCUCGGCGCUCCUGGACGGCGCCGUGACGCGCGCCUCCUUCGAGGCCCCCGCGCGCUGCCGCCCCGCGCUGCGCUCCCUGCUCGAGCGGACGCGCCUCGAGCACCCGCGGGACAACGUGCCGAGCUUCGCCCUCAUGUACGCCGAGGCGAGCGCCUCGGUGCGCGGCCUCGAGGUGUCCGCGCGCUGCGACUCCUUCCUGGGCCACUGGCGGCAGCCGCUGGGCCGCGAGGCGCUGCUCGGGAAGUUCGCGAGGAACGCGGCCGAGGGCGGCGUCGGCGAAGCGAGGGCGGCGGCCGCGGCCGCGCUCCUGGAGGGGGUCGAGGAGCUGAGCGACGCCUCCGAGAUCUGCCGCCUCCUGCACUGAGAGGAGCGGGGGGGAGGGAGGGGGGUGGGGAGAGAGGUGGGGAGCUGCUUGACGCCUCCUGCAUUGAGAGUGGUGUGGGAUUGAGGAGAUAGGGGGAUAAGGGGAGAGAAGAAAGUGCGUGAGGUGAGAAGUUUAGAGUUACAAAAUCCAUCAAGUUACAAAAUCCAUCUCCAUGCAUUCAUCUUCUCUGACCGUGCCGGCUCCCAGACCAAGGGGAAUGGGCAGUGGAGUAAAAGAUACAAAAAGAUCCCCCCUGUAGACUUAACAGGCUGUAGGGGCAAGUGCUGUUAGCGAGCACCUAUGAAGGCCGGAACGGCACGCGAGGGGGUUGGUGGCCAGCACCAUGCCCGACCGCCUUUGUCUCCCCGGUGUCGGUGUUUUUACACAUCGCACCAGGUACUCAAUUGAGGCUGAGUAGACCUAGGGGAGGCCCAGGACCGGUUCAGACAAUCGUCACUGUGUGUUGGCCGUGAGUGGGAAUCGAACUCGGGUUGCCGGGUUCGUAACGCAGCGUAGCGCUGACCGCUACACUACCGCUCCCCUUACCGUGCCGCCUCCCAGACUAAGAGGAAUGGAGAGUGGAGUAAACACACACAACACACACGCACGUGCAAUUGAUGCACGGGACCGCCCGAGAGCGUCAACGCCACCAAAUUCCUCCUCUGCUACCCCCACUCCCACCGACCGUGGACCAAUGCCCCGGCGACCCAAUGCCCCCUGUGUGACUCAAGUAUUCAACACAGCCGCAGUGCGCGUGUGGUCUGGUCGGGCUGGGUUGGGAGCGGAGGGGCUCCUGGGGAAUUUCCCAUCUGGCGACAGCUGCUGAAGUCACGGCAACUCAGCUGCUCGCGUGAAUUGGACUGCAAUUUAUAGAUGUGUCCAUUGCAAGAGAGAGAGAGAGCGGACACAAUCUUCCAGUUUCACUAUAAAUCACAUCGAGCUCCAUCGGCCUCUCGGCCUGUCGGACCAACGUCUUACCCGGCAAGUAUUUGUUUUCGUGGCGAAAACCUUGGCCCGGCUUCGGCUACUCUGAGCCUCGUCAGCAGGUUGUGUGGCCCGGUAAAUAAAUGCCCGACAAUCCGCCGCGACGUAUCAAGGUGCACGAUAUCACGAUAUCCCGCCUACGGCCAACUCAGCCGGGAGCUGAGCAGGCUUGAGCCUGGAUAGUGCUGGGACGGGCGACCACCGUGGAUAGCAGGGUGGUAUCGGCUGCUGCGAGGGUUGUGGACAGUGGAAGGCAGGGGAAGCUACAUCACCUCGAUGUCUAUGCUCUCACGUCCGGCUGACCCGCCUCCCCCAACCUGUCGUGACCAAAAUGGUGAAAUAUGGUGAAAUAACCUCCCCCCCCCCUGCCUCCAUGGACGAACAGCAGUGGAUUGACGAAGCUAUGUAAAUAAUUAAUGUAUUGUUAAUAAAAUGAACAUUAAAUACUGUCAUUAAAAUUCGCGUGCACACAUAGGCAAUGUUGUAUACAUGAUUGUCACCUGUGUUAGUUUCUUGUCACGUGUCAAUGUAUAUACCUGUGAAUAUGUUUUAAAUCAAGUCUCGUGUUUGCUUUGAAAUAAAAUAUUUAAAAAAAU